AUGUACGUUUUUGAUCAUGAACAGAACUUUGAAAUGAUUAGAAAUGAUUCUUUCCGAAUCUUUCAUCAAACCAACUGUAUUUCAGAGGAUGACGGGUGCAAGCUUACGAAUCUAGGGGGAGGAGUCGUCACAGAAGAGAAAGUCAAAAAAGGAACCAGGGAAAUUCUGAUUUCUUGCGAAAGCGGCAGUCCAAAUAUUUCAAAGCUCAUCUGCAGAGAUAAUCAGUUGUUUUUGUCGAAAAAGGAUAAGGAGCCAGUUUCGAGCGAUAUUGAAAUCAUAUGCGGUUCUGGCUCGAGUAAAGCCUGUUCAACAAUCAAUGACUUUUCAAAGCUCUUCAAAAAAGUCCCCGAGGAAAAUUUCCAAGUCCUCAAUAUCACUGAAACAGCAAGUGGAUCAACUGCACAGCUAGAAUGCAAACUAAGCGGAUACAAGUACGAAGCCACCUGCCAACCAUCGAAGAAAAAGCCAAAGGUCAAACUUGUCGGAAGCAAAGCUGAAAAGAAAAACUUCAAUAAUUGCAAAUAA